AUGUCUGGAACAAAGUCCCGACUCUCGAGCUUGCUCGCGCAUCUUGCGCCUAGUACCCCGGCUCCGUUUGAACAUGACUUCAAUCGUCAUACUCUCUCGCCGACAUUCUUCCUUCCCAGAGCUGCGGCUAUCGAACCUGAUGCGGAAGCGAUCUACCAUGUGACGGUUGAUAAUCAGGUUCUACGCCGAUCUUAUAAAGAGACUGCGACCCGUACUUGUGGUCUGGCGUACUAUCUCAAGAAGCAAGGGUUUGGAAGAGUCGGGAUCCUCGCCACUAACACUCCAGCAUUCCUGGAAUCAAUUUUCGCAAUUGCAGCUGCGGGCGCGAUCAAUGUUGCCGUGAACUAUCGACUUAAACAAGAUGAUAUAGCUUAUAUCUUUGAACAUGGAGACGUGGACAUGAUCAUUGUGGACAAAGAGUUUGAACCACUACUUGCAACUUAUCGAUCCCGACAUCCGAAUGUUCCAUUUCUUGUGGAUGAUGACAAAUACAGCGAGCCCUGGGGAGUGUCUGGGAAUGGUGACUUUGGCACUGCUAUUCAGGAAGGUUGGGCAUAUGACCAGGAAACUGGACAGCGCGGAUGGGAGGGACUAGAGAGUCAGGCUCCCGACGAAGAUUCCAUCGUCGCACUUGCGUAUACCAGUGGAACAACUGCACGCCCCAAGGGAGUGGAAUUCACUCAUCGUGGCUGCUAUCUAGCAUCAUUGGCAAAUGUGGUCGAGUCAGGACUGAAUUUUCAUAAUGGGCGAGCUAAAUAUUUGUGGACGCUACCUAUGUUCCAUGCAAUGGGAUGGACUUUCCCAUGGGCUGUGACCGCUGUUCGCGGAACUCACUACUGUCUCCGCAAGAUCGACUACCCCGAGAUUUGGCGACUGCUGAAGGAGGAGCGUAUCACUCAUUUCAAUGCCGCACCGACUGUCAAUACGCUCCUCUGUAAUGCUAAGGAAGCUGAAAAGCUGUCUCAUUCUGUGCGCGUCACGGUGGCUGCCAGCCCGCCAACGGCGCAUCUGUUCGAGCAAAUGACGGAUCUCAAUCUUCACCCCGUUCACGUUUAUGGUAUGACCGAGACGUACGGGCCGAUCACCAAGGGAUAUUUCUUGCCGCAAUGGGAUCAGAUUCCCUUGAAAGAAAAAUAUCAGAAAAUGGCUCGCCAGGGCCAUGGUUUCAUCACGAGUCUCCCCGCCCGUGUGAUCAAAACUGAUGUGACCGAGGGAACAGUCAUUGAUGUCCAGCGAGACGGCAAGGAGAUCGGUGAGAUUGUAUUUGUGGGUAACAUCUGUGCCCGCGGUUACUACAAGGACUCUGAGGCCACCCGAAAACUGUUUGCUGGGGGUGUAUUGCACUCUGGAGAUUUGGCAGUAUGGCACCCAGACGGCGCCAUUCAAAUCCUCGAUCGUGCUAAGGAUAUCAUCAUCAGUGGCGGCGAGAACAUCUCGUCUGUUGCCCUUGAAUCUAUGCUGGUCACCCAUCCCGACAUCCUCGAAGCGGGUGUGGUCUCCGUCCCGGAUAGUCACUGGGGUGAACGGCCACAGGCCUUUGUCACCGUGAAACCAGGGAAAAACUUGGAAGGCGAAGAUGUGAUUAGCUGGGCUCGCAGCUCCAGCGAUAUCAGUAAAUUCAUGAUCCCUCGGGAAGUGGUAGUGGUGGAUGAAUUACCCAAGACCAGUACAGGCAAGAUUCGCAAGAACGUGCUGCGAGAGUGGGUGAAAGAGCCUGGAAAGAAUACUAACUAA